CUUCAUUUCAUCAUCUCUUUCUCUCUCUCCCAAACUCUCAACAACACCACCACCAAGAAAGAAGAGAAACUAAAUCCACUACAAAAGCUUCCCUAAAAGAUGGUUUAUAAGUUCAGCUCAGAAUUUGGUGGAUGACACCAAAAAUCCACUCAUUCUCUCCUUUCUGUUGAAGGCCUAGCACUAAUUAGUUCAUUAAACUAGAUAAAGAAACCAGAAAGCAAGCCACAAAGCUUAUUUAUUCCCUUGUGCUCCCACUUCCUUUCUUUUCUUUUUCAUAUAGAGUACUUGUACAACCUUUAAUUUACUCCUUUGUCUUUCUGUUUCUUGCUCUCUGGUUGUACUACUUAAUUAGUUUCUGUCUAUGUGAGGUAGUACUAGUCAAGGGUUGUGAGAGAUAGAAAGAAUACCAAGUUAUAAAGUAAAAGAAACUAAUGGAUCCAGUAGCGCAUGGCCAUUCUCUUCCACCUCCUUUCCACACAAGAGAUCUCCAUCAUCACCACCAACAGCAACAACAACAACAAUUUCACCACCACCAACAGAAUUCAGAAGAUGAACAAAGCGGUAGUAGUGGCCUAAACCGACCCCAGAAGCGAGAUCGCGAUGAAAACAACAACAGCAGCAACAACAACAACAGCAGUGAAGGCAAGGAACUCAUCAUGGGUCCUGGAGAUGGAGAAAUGUCAAGAAGACCUCGAGGAAGGCCAGCCGGAUCCAAGAACAAGCCCAAGCCGCCGAUCAUCAUCACAAGAGACAGUGCUAAUGCUCUACGCACCCAUGUAAUGGAAAUUGGUGAUGGUUGUGAUAUUGUUGAGAGUGUUGCUAACUUUGCAAGAAGACGCCAGAGGGGUGUGUGCAUUAUGAGUGGGACUGGAACUGUGACUAAUGUGACUCUAAGGCAACCAGCCUCACCAGGUGCAAUUGUGACUUUACAUGGUCGGUUUGAGAUUUUGUCUCUAGCUGGGUCAUUUUUACCACCACCAGCACCACCUGCUGCAACAGGUUUGACUAUAUAUUUAGCUGGGGGACAAGGCCAAGUUGUGGGGGGUAGCGUUGUUGGGACGCUAAUUGCAUCUGGGCCAGUUGUGAUCAUGGCUGCCUCUUUUAGUAACGCUGCAUAUGAAAGGCUUCCUUUGGAAGAAGAGGAGCCCCAGUUGCCAAUGCAAGGGGGUUCAAUUGGGUCCCCAGGUGGGGUUGGUCAACAGCAGCAACAGCAGCAGCAACAACCACAGCAGCAACAGCUUCUAGGUGGAGACGCAAAUGCGCCUCUUUUUCAUGGCUUACCGCCUAAUCUUCUCAACUCAAUUCAAUUGCCAGCUGAGGCAUAUUGGGCUACUGGUCGCCCUCCAUAUUGACAACAACAUUAAAGGUCAUGCCAGGUUUUUCAUUUCCAUAUUGAUCAGCUUCGGCUUACCGAGAUAUCAUGAACGUUGUAGCUAGGAAAGUUUGGUUAUUGUUGAGCAUCGCACUUUUUUUUUUUGGGUUAAUCCUUAUGCUUAGCCUUUUGAUUUUUUGUUUUUGUUUUUUUGUUUUGCAUUUGAUGAUUAGAUAAUGUGUUCACUUGUUGAUUGAAGGACUGUGUAAAUUUAUGGAUUCUUGGAGUGAGUUUGAUGCUAUUGAAAUAACAGCUGGAGUUUCUU